ACUGUGGAGGUACAACCCUCUUUGUUCCGUUUAAGCAGCAGCGAAUGCAAACUGUGUGUGUCAUAAAGCUGAUUACAGCUACGGGUUCAUUUCGGAAUCGGGAUUGAACAAUCAGAUGAUUUUUUUGGUUGAUGCAGUGACCUCUGUUCUCUGUGGAUUAUACAUAGCAGAUUUUUGGACUUGUCUGAGCAAUGGCGUUUGGAAAGGAGACCACUCCUCCUGUUAAAUGGCGUUUAUCUUGCAGAUCACUAUGGCCGUUUCUGGUGUUUUUGUCGUCUCUCAGUCACAGCGCCAUUGGCCAAAUCAGGUACACAGUUCCAGAGGAGAUGAAACAAGGAUCACUGAUCGGUAAUGUAGCUCAAGAUCUCGGUUUAGAUUUGCAAAGGCUUCGUUCUGGCCGUGCCCGCAUCGUUACCAGUCAAAGCGUCCACUACAGUGAGCUAAAAACAGACAAAGGCAUUUUAGUCGUCAACGAGAGAAUGGACCGGGAGCAGCUCUGUGGAGACGUAACACCGUGCAGUUUCAGCUUUGAAGUGAUUUUAGAAAACCCUAUGGAGCUGCACCGAAUAACAGUGGAAAUAACGGAUAUAAAUGACAAUUCGCCGAUUUUUAAAAAGGAUGAAAUUAAAUUUGAAAUAAGCGAGUCUGCCACACUAGGAUCACGCUUUUUGUUGCCCACCGCCGAAGACGCAGAUGUGGGGAGUAACGGGCUUCAGAAAUACAUACUGUCUACUAAUGACAUAUUUAGUUUAAAGCAGUAUUCAAGUCCAGAUGGCCGGAAAUACGGUGAGAUGAUUUUACAAAAGCCGUUAGACAGAGAAAGCCAGCCGAGGAUAGCUUUAAAGCUCAUAGCUGUUGACGGUGGAACUCCGCAUAGAUCUGGUACAGUAAAUAUAAUUAUUACAGUGCUAGACAUUAAUGAUAACCCUCCAAUUUUUAAUCAGACUCUCUAUAGAGCUACUGUUUCCGAAAAUGCGUCAAAAGGCACCUAUAUCACAACACUGAAUGCCAGUGAUGCAGACAGCGGAUCAAACGGUCUCAUCAGCUAUAGAUUUUCUAACAUGAAGGAGCAACUUGCUGAUAUAUUUCAUUUAGACGAAACUGCAGGCAUUGUAACACUUGUGGGACAAAUAGAUCAUGAAAAAAACAAAAAAUAUGAAAUUAUGAUUGAAGCUGUGGAUCAAGGAGGUCUAACAGAUUCAAGUAAAUUGCUAAUUGAGAUUGUAGACGUCAAUGAUAAUGCACCUGCAAUAAAUGUGAUGUCGUUCUCUAGCCCUGUACCUGAAGAUUCUGCCUCAGGUACAACAGUGGCAAUAAUUAAUGUGAAUGACGCAGAUUCCGAACAAAACGGAAGAAUUAUAUGUACCACAGACAGCAGUCUCCCAUUUAAAAUAAAAUCAACGUUAACUAAUUACUAUGCAUUAGUUACAGACUCAGCUUUUGACAGAGAAGUUGUAUCAGAAUAUAACAUAACCGUAAAAGCAAUAGAUUCUGGAUCACCUCCUCUAUCGAGCACAGUAGUGUUACAUCUGAAAAUAUCUGACGUGAACGAUAACGCUCCAUCAUUUGAUAAAGUUCAAUAUGUUGCACAAGUCACAGAAAAUAAUUCUCCUGGAAUGGCAAUAUUUUCGGUCAAAGCACGAGACUUGGAUUGGAAUCAAAACGCAAAAAUAUCAUACUUUCUGGAAGACACACAGAUAAAUGGUAGUCCAGCGUCUUCGUACCUUUCUAUAAAUACUGAAACUGGAGCUAUUAAUGCAGUGCGCUCUUUUGACUACGAACAACUUAAAGAACUUCAUAUUGUUGUCAAAGCUCAGGAUGGAGGCUCCCCUCCACUCAGUAGUAAUGUGACUGUGAAAAUAAUGAUCCAGGACCAGAACGACAACGCCCCUCAGGUUCUGUAUCCAGUCCAGACUGGUGGUUCUCUGGUGGCUGAAAUGGUGCCUCGUUCAGCAGAUGUGGGCUAUCUGGUCACUAAAGUGGUGGCUGUUGAUGUGGACUCUGGACAGAACGCCUGGCUCUCCUAUAAACUGCAGAAAGCCACAGACAGGGCGCUGUUUGAGGUGGGCUUACAGAAUGGAGAAGUAAGAACUAUCCGCCAAGUCACUGAUAAAGAUGCAGUCAAACAAAGACUGACUGUUAUAGUGGAGGACAACGGACAGCCCUCUCGUUCAGCUACAGUCAUUGUUAACGUGGCGGUGGCGGACAGCUUUCCUGAAGUGCUGUCUGAGUUCACUGACUUUACACACGACAAGGAGUACAAUGAGAACCUGACUUUUUACUUAGUGUUGGCUUUGGCUGUAGUUUCCUUUUUAUUCAUCACGUGUGUGGUGGUCAUUAUAUCAGUGAAAAUCUACAGAUGGAGACAGUCUCGCAUCCUGUAUCACUCCAAUCUGCCAGUGAUUCCAUAUUAUCCACCACGUUACUCAGACACUUUGGGGACAGGGACUCUCCCACACGUGUACAACUACGAGGUGUGCAGGACGACUGACUCCAGAAAGAGUGACUGUAAGUUUGGCAGAGCUGGUAGUCAGAACGUGCUGAUAAUGGACCCCAGUUCAACAGGGACGAUGCAGAGGAUACAGAGUGAAAAGAGCAUCCUGGAUGAACCAGACUCUCCACUAGAGGUUGGCUUUUCGUUCUUUUGUAUACCUGCACAUUGUGUUGUAUUUGUUUAAAUGUGUAAAUAAUUAU